GCCACCGGGUACGCACGCACUAAACAUAAACAUAACAAAAAAUGUACUAAACUUGAAAAAAGGUCGUACAUAUAGUGAUAAAACAGAAAUGAAAGUGGAAUCGGUUCAGUGACCGCCGCAACAUGUUAAGCGAAAACAGAUGGAAAGUGCUAUUGGUUGUCGCCGCGUCCGUCGCCGUCGCCGAGCCGAGCCGCGCACUCAGCCUAGUCUACCAGAGGCCGUACAGAAAUGUCAUGUUUGUGCCGAAAGCGCGCCAAUCCCGGGUGCUGUUCAUGGAUGAGGACACGCGGCCGUACCGCGGCGAGAUCGACCUGUCCGACAAGAACUAUUCCAAAAUCAAAUUCGACGAUAGCACGGACUACGAGUUCACGUCACCGGACGAGGGCACCGAGCCCCCCAAAACGGCUGAGCCGUCGUUACCGUCCGGGAACGAGCGGUUUUACGAGCCGUUGCCGCGGUUCCGGCCGUACCAGAACCCUGCGUACUACCAGGGGAGGUACGGGCGGCCGUACGCCCCCAACUACGGGUUCGAGCCGUACCCUGCGUUCUCCCCUGCCGUGAGGAACGGCUACCCCGGGUGGAAGGCGCGCAGUCCCCGGGUAGUGUUUCCGUACGCGCCCGACAGUGUGACGGUCUUGACGAACUCGCACGCGGGCCCCGGUUACGACAAUGUAGUGUUCCGUGAUCAGAAUUUUGGAUUUAACGACAUCCCGGACGAUCAGUCCUUGCAGGACAUUGGGACUGGCAGCGGAGACGGCUUUCAGGACCGGGAUGCCAACGAACCACAUCGAGCUCAUGUAAAUGCGGACCAAAAAAAACUUCUACAAAAACCAAUGUUCAUACAGACAGAGGGACUGAAACGCAUCGACAUCUUCCCAAACGUUACCGAGAAUGCCAAGGACCUCCCCAAAUUCAAACCAAUCUCAGACGAGCAGAUGGUCCGAGUAUCUGAGAUACUGAGUCAAGUAAAGACUCAGACGAACUAUAGAAAAGGGAGAAUGGUAGAGAUUGAUUCCAGCAUAGAUCGACAGGACCAAAAAUGUCCACAGGGGGGGACGUGCGAAUUUUUUAUAUACUGCUGGAUGGUAGGGGGUCUACUUGAUGGCUCAUGUGGAGGGCUGCUGAAGGGAUGCUGUCACAGGGUCGCGAAGGCCGGAGUCCUCGGAGUCCAUGACUCGAAUUCUUUAGAGUAUUCGUCGAGAGAGGGCCAGAGUUAUGGUCCCGUGAUAAAUGAUGAAAGUUGCGGCAUACAAGCGAGUAAGCAGACGGCCCAGAGAAGGAUAGUGGGGGGUGACGACGCGGGCUUCGGAACAUUCCCCUGGCAAGCCUACAUCAGAAUCGGAUCCUCAAGGUGCGGGGGUUCCCUCAUUUCCCGCCGACACGUCGUCACAGCGGGGCACUGCGUCGCGCGCGCCCAUCCGAACCAAGUGCGCGUCACGCUCGGAGACUACGUCAUCAACUCCGCGUCAGAACCGUAUCCGGCGUUCACAUUCAAAGUCCGGUCAAUAAAGGUGCAUCCACUCUUCAAGUUCACGCCACAAGCUGAUAGAUUUGAUGUGGCUGUGUUAACGUUGGAUAGGAACGUGCCCUUCGUACAGCAUAUAGCCCCAAUAUGCCUCCCGGAGCGCGGCGCUGACUUCUUAGGCGAGUACGGCUGGGCGGCCGGGUGGGGGGCGUUGAGUCCCGGCUCCCGGCUUCGGCCGCGCACUCUACAAGCCGUGGAUGUGCCAGUACUAGACAAUAGGGUGUGCGAGCGGUGGCACCGGGCUAAUGGUAUAAACGUAGUCAUUUACCCCGAAAUGUUGUGCGCCGGGUACCGCGGCGGCGGGAAAGACAGCUGCCAAGGCGACAGUGGCGGCCCUCUAAUGCUUGAAAAGACAGGAAGAUGGUACCUCAUUGGCGUGGUCUCGGCGGGGUACUCGUGCGCCAGUCGCGGCCAGCCUGGCAUCUACCACCGAGUGGCACACACCGUCGAUUGGAUCUCCCACGUGACGACCCUUUCAUAGUCUUUAGUAUCCAUAGAUCUAUAGAUCUUUAUCUAUAGAUUGGCCUCGAAUGGUCUUUAAUGCUCAACCUUACUACGAUUGUUAUGAGAAUUGGCCUUAUUCUUUUAUACAGUCUUUGGUAAUUUUGACCAGUUUGGUCUUUAGUCGGAUUUAAAUUAUUCCAGUAUGAAUUUUAUGAGUGAUUUUUCAAAUGUUGCUGUCAAUUAGCAAAUUUUUAUAGCGUUAGUUAUUUUACAAAUACUACCAUGUAAAAAACUCCUCAAGCCUUGAUUUAGUAUAUAAGAGCAUACUAAAACCAAUUUUGUAAGAACCCAAGUAAAAAUCCUUUGAAUUCUACGAUAUCCAAAUAAUAUAAUAAUUUACUUACCAUAUUGCCCAUAUGUUAUGUACAAUAAUUUCCAUUUCCUACCAACCUCAUAAUCUACCAAUGUUAACGUAUUUUUUAAGCUGGCAACAACGAACUUAGCAUAGUCGAACAUUCCACCACGAUUAUAGUCAGUAAAAUAUUUUUACAAACCCUUACAUAGGGAGAGAGAAAAAAACUGUGAAUGAAAUCGAAAACAUAUUUUUAUAGAUGCUGAUGUAUUUUUAAGAUUUUAUUGUGAUAAAUUCGAUUAUAAAACUACUUUUUACAAAAUACUCGCUGGAAUUGCAAUAUCUGUCCGUAAGUGCCUUUUGUAAAUAUUCUCUAGGUGUAAAUAACAGAACGAAAACAAUAAUUUAAUGUAAAUAAGUAUUAAAAAUAAUUUUAAUAACGCUUUUUGUAAGUUA